AUUCUUGGUAGAAUUCUUUGAAUCUUACAUAUAUAUAAUAGUGAGAUAAAAAGACACAGUUUCAAAGUCAAGUUUGUACGUAGCAAAUCAGAGAAUAAUAUGGAAUCUAAGCAAGACAAGCCGAGUAUUAUGGCUUCUGGUGUCACUAACCAAGUGAUUCCCAACGUGAUAACCCAAUCACUACAAGCCCUGAACACACCAAGGAGCAACACAAGUUCACGUUCAUCACCGAGUGUGGCUGAUCAUUCUGAUAAUGAGGAGGAAGAACCAGACCAAGAAGAGCAAAAGGAAGAGGAGAACCAAUCUUCAAAAGAGGUGGAUUCAGUGGCUUUACACAGAAUCCUCAAUGAUUUGAUGAAGCAGUUUGGUGAGGAACAAAAGAAGAGCUACCUCAGCUUUGAACAUAAGGAUCCACCAACGGGGUAUAGGUUCGAACCCACUGACUAUGACCUCAUCAUGCGUUAUUUGAUCAGGAAGGUCUUGAAGAAACACCUGCCAUGGAAUCAGAUUGUGGAUGUUGAUCUGUACAAACACAACCCCGAGUCACUUGCAGAAGCCAACAAGAAAUAUGAUGGAAAAGAGGAAUGGUACUUUUUUACUCCAAGGAAACUAGAGUAUAAAAAAAGAACAUGUCCAUAUAGAGAGGCAGGUGAUGGAUAUUGGAAACGCUCUAGAGCUGACAUAAAAAUCGAAUCCAAGGGAACUAUAGUUGGGUAUAAGAAGGUGCUUGUUUUCCAUAGAGGAAAAGCUCCAAAUGGUGUCAAGACCAAUUGGAUCAUGCAUGAAUAUAGACUUAAUCAUCCUCCUGUAACUAGAAGGGAUGAAAAUGAUAUGGGGUUGGAUGAGUGGGUUCUAUGCAGGAUCUAUAACAACAUCAAAACUAAUACUCAAGAUAAGUCUUGUUCUCUGGUCAAAGGAAAAGGAAAAAAAGAGAAGACUUGUUCCACAUCUUUGCAUCAUGGUGACAGAAAUGCUAGAAAUCAGCCAAUGCCAAAAGUUGAUCCAACAACUGUAAUAGUCGAGGAUUAUAUGAAUCAGUCCCACCAAAAUGUACCUGCAUUUUCUCAUAUGGCUAGCAGGUUCCCGGAUCAGUUUCAUCCAGUGGCUAGCGAUUAUGGAACUCCUCAGAUAAUUGAACCAAUUCCUGGUAUGCAUUAUUUUCAAAAUGAUUCAAGUGGAUAUGCUAAUAAUAUGGUUAGCCUCCCUAAUGAGUUGCAAACAGUGGUUGGCAAGUACGAAACUCCCCCUGCAGUGGUUAAACCAAUUCCUGGUAUGCGUUAUUUUCGAAGUGAUUUAAGUGGAUUUGUUAAUAACAAAGUCCAUUUCCUUAAUGAGUCACAAGCAGUGGUUGGCAAUUAUGGAAUUCCUCCUGCAAUGGUUAAACCAAUUCUUGGUAUGCCUUCUUUUCGAAAUGAAUCAAGUGGAUCUGCUAAUAACAUGUUCCACUUCACUAAUGAGUCGCAAGCAGUGGUUGGCAAGUACAAAACUCCUGCAAUGGUUAAACCAAUUCCUGGUAUGCCUUCUUUUCGAAAUGAAUCAAGUGGAUCUGCUAAUAAUAUGGUGCACUUCCCUAAUGAGUCGCAAGCAGUGGUUGGCAAUUAUGGAACUCCUCCUCAGAUGAUUGGACCAAAUCUUGGUAUGCCUCCUUUUCCAAAUGAAUCAAGUGGAUAUGUGCAUUCGAAAUUUUCUGCAAAUGAAUUGGGUCAAUACCAAAAAGAUUUUGACAGUACAAAUGCUGAAUUGCAAUUAAAUUUCUGCAGCAACAAUUAUCCUGCACCAAUGAUGCAAAUGGAUGAUAUUGUCCCAAAUAAGCGUCAGAAACUUUCAGAUGACGAUAAGCCAUGUGAAUGAUUAGUAGCAACUUAGUGGCUUUUGAAUGUUUAACAUGAAACUAGCUAACCAAACUUUUACAGUUUUAAUGAUUACCCAUUGACAUAGACUCAUGACCUUGUGAAGCAAAGCUUCUAACUUUUCACAAUUCUAAUUACAUUGGCUGAAGAUACAAUGGAGUGUAGAAUGCUAUGGUUUGCUGUAAUUGAUGACCAGAAGACUCUCAUCAAAUGCUCUACGUGUACAUUAGGUUCUUUGUAGUGAUGUAAUGGUCUUUGUCAUUGGCAUUUGUUUUUCCUUUUUGUUUCAAUUAGUAGGGGUGGCUGUACAGUACAGGAGUUGUUUUGCUGUGUCAGGGCUAAUUAGCUUUGUUGUUCCUGUGUUUGGUCUAUAUUGGCCUGUUGUGUAAUUUCUGUUUCUCAUCAAUGAAAGUAUACAGAUUCAUCCAAAAAACAAUGGUGAUUGGUCCCUCUAGUACAGCCCAACAAGUGCUGCAGCAACUUUGAACUUAAUGA